AUAAAGUUUUUUCUUUUUGUGCACUCCAAGGCCGCCAAUAUAAACUAGAAUCUUCCAGUUCCAAAAAUAUCACAAUCCCACCAACAAGUUAACGACCAAAUAUGAUAAGCCAGACUAACAACCUAAAACAACUUCCCCAAGUGGCAGUAGUGAUGGUACCACUUCCAGCACAAGGCCAUCUAAACCAACUCCUCCACCUCUCUCACCUCAUCACCUCCUACGGCAUACCUGUCCAUUACGCCGGCUCAACCACGCACAACCGCCAAGCGAAGCUCCGUCUCCAUGGUUGGGACUCACAAAGUUUAGCCAAAAUCCAUUUCCAUGACUUCCAACUCCCUCCUUACCACUCACCCCCUCCAAGUAUAGACACCUCUGUCCCUUUCCCUAAUCACUUAACCGCACUCUUUCAGGCGUCAUCUACCCAUCUUAGGGAACCCGUAUCUCAACUCUUGCACCAACUCUCGCAAAACUUCAGUCGAGUGGUCGUCAUUCAUGAUAUUAUUAUGGCUUAUGUGAUUCAAGAUGUGAAGCUCAUCCCAAAUGCUAAAGUCUUUACCUUUGUUCCGACUUCAGCCUUUACCAUGUUUGCAGACACAUGGGAAAGCAUACCUGAGGAAGUUAAACCGUUUCAGCUAGAUUCAAAAGAUAUCCCAGAAAAUAUUCCUACUGGUGAAGGGUGUGCAACGAAAGAAAUGGUGGAGUUUGCAAUUAAUCAAGUACAAUGUCUUGGGUUCGAAUCAGGGUGGAUUUACAACACCUCUAGAGCUAUAGAUGGCAGAUAUGUCACUUUGCUGGAGAAGUUAUCUUCAACUAAGUCACGGAUAAAACACUUUGCAUUAGGACCGUUUCAUCCGGUGCAUAUCAAAAACGAAAACGGUGAAAACAGACAUCAAUGUCUGAAAUGGCUAGAUGAACAAGAGAAAGGCUCAGUAAUUUAUGUGUCUUUUGGGUCAACAACAUCUUUGACAGAUGAUCAGAUUGAAGAGCUGGCAAAUGGGUUGGAAACAAGCAAGGUGAAGUUUAUAUGGGUGCUCCGUAGUGCAGACCGGACUAAUAUUUUUGAAGAAGCUGAUAAAUUCAGAAAGGCUCAACUUCCAGAAGGGUAUGAAGAUAGAGUGAGAGACAGGGGAAUGGUAGUGAGAGAUUGGGCACCACAGCUUGAAAUAUUAGCACAUCCAUCGACUGGCGGGUUUAUGAGUCAUUGUGGAUGGAAUUCAUGUAUGGAAAGUUUAAGUAUGGGAGUGCCUAUUGCAGCAUGGCCAAUGCAUUCUGAUCAGCCAAGAAAUGCAGCUUUGCUGAGCGAGGUGCUUAGAGUUGGUAUAUUGGUGAGAGAUUGGGCACACCGUGGCGAGAUUGUGAAAUCAAGUACUAUAGAGAAUGUGGUGAAGACAUUGAUGGCAUCAGAAGAAGGAAAAGAGAUGAUGAAAAGGGCUGCAGAGUUGGGUGAAAGUGUUAGAGGAUCAGUUGCUGAAGGUGGUGUGUGUUGUUUAGAGAGGGACUCUUUUAUUGCCCAUAUGUCUGAAUAAUGCAACCUUGUUUUUUUUUUUUUUUGUUCUUUAGAAAAAUUGAUACCAUUAAUCCCAAAUUGUUGUGUCUUCCAUUGUCAAUCUGAAGUUUCAUUUAUUUAUAAAUAAUCCCAAGUUUGGAAGAGUCUUCCUAAAUUAA